AUGGGCCCAACGUUACACAACAGCCACGCCAACACAAACGGUCAUACAAAUGGCCAUUCGAACGGCGCAAAUGGCACAAAUGGUAGCCUUGAAUCCACAAAUGGUCACUCAAAUGGCCAUACUAAUGGGAAGCUACAGGCCUCAAGGGCCUCUGAGCUUGAUGAGCUUCUCAAGCCCGUGCUAGAGCAGUUAAUAUCCUUUGUCGCUGCCGCAGAUACAGAACUCGAGGCACAUGUCAAAGGGGAUGCUGCUCACCAGUCCACUCUGGUAGACUACCACUCGCCUGAAGACCUCACAGACAUCCUCUCUUCUACACUCUCACUACCUUUGAAGCCGGCUGGGCGGUCGGGAAUCCUAUCCACCCUUGAGUCGAUCCUUAAGUACAGCGUGAAUACCUCGGCUCCGGGUUUUCUAGACAAACUUUAUUCCGCCCCUGUCGCCCCGGGCGUAGCCGCAGACCUCAUCCUCAGCGUCCUAAACACCAAUCUACACGUGUACCAAGUCUCACCAGUCCUAACGUUAAUCGAAAAACAUGUUGCAAGAUCCCUUGCCGCCUUAUUCGGCUUCACGGGCCCUAGGAGCGGCGGUGUCUCCGUUCAGGGUGGUUCGGCAUCGAAUACCACAUCUAUUGUUAUCGCACGAAACACGUUAUAUCCGAAGACUAAAGUCGAAGGGAACCAUGCCGAUGGGUUGAAGCUUGUGAUGUUUACAAGUGCCCAUGGACAUUAUUCUAUCGAAAAGGCCGCACAAAUGUGUGGAUUUGGAAGCGCAGCUGCGAUACCUGUUCCUGUGGAUAAAGUCACCGGACGGAUGAUACCAGAGGAACUUGAAAGAUUGAUCUUGGAGGCGAAGGAGAAAGGACAGACUCCCUUCUAUGUUAAUGCUACAGCAGGUAGCACAGUUCUUGGAUCCUUCGAUCCGUUCACAGAAAUCGCUACGAUCGCGAAGAGGUAUAACAUGUGGUUCCAUAUCGAUGGUGCGUGGGGUGGUAGUUUUGUGUUUUCUGAGAAGUUGAGACGUCAGUUUUUGGUUGGUGCCGAAUUGGCAGAUUCUAUUGCUAUUAAUCCGCAUAAGAUGAUGGGGGUACCUGUUACUUGCUCGUUCUUGUUAGGAAAGGAUUUGGAGCUGUUCCAGAAGGCUAAUACACUAAAGGCUGGUUAUUUAUUCCAUGAUAGAGAUGGGGAUGAUGUCGAAGGAUGGAGGGAGCCGUAUGAUUUGGCGGAUUUGACAUUACAAUGCGGUAGAAGAGGAGAUAGUUUGAAGCUCUUCUUUGCAUGGCAGUAUUAUGGAACAAAGGGGUACGAACAGCUCGUGGAGAAGGCACAUCAAGUAGCGGAACAUAUGGUAGGGAUUGCAGCCGCAAGCGAGAACUUCAAGUUAGUUUCCACGAACCCACCGCCUUGUUUGCAAGUAUGUUUCUACUAUGCCCCCGGUGGGCAUGAUGUCUUUGGAACAGAAGAGGGACAAAUCGUCCCACCUGGACUUGAGGGGUUGGAUACAAGCGAAGAAGAGUAUAUUGGCAAGUUUAACUCGAAAGUUACGGAAAUUAUUACGAGAGAGUUGGUGACACGUGGGUUUAUGAUUGACUUUGCGCCGGCGCUUGAAGGGAGGAAGGCUGAGGGGAAGUUCUUUAGGGCUGUGGUUAAUAUACAGACGCCGAAGGAGACGGUGGAGAGGUUGGUUAAUGAGAUUGAGAGCAUUGGGACGGAUGUGGUACAACGUAUUAGAGAGCAGUAUGCGUCUUAA